AUGUGCGACGACAACCUCGAUUGCACUGAUGGGUCAGACGAGAAAGCAUGCAAUGAAACAUGUCGUUCAGAUGAGUUUACCUGCGGUAACGGAAAGUGUAUACAGCAGAGAUGGGUUUGUGAUGGUGAUGAUGAUUGUGGUGAUGGAACUGAUGAAGUAAAGUGUCCGGCACCGACCUGCCAGCCUGUAAGCCACUUCUCCUGUACUGAUGGUCACUGUGUCUCUGCGAGGUGGCGUUGUGAUGGUGACGUAGACUGCCCAGAUGGAAGUGAUGAAAUGGGCUGCGCAUCGACACCCAGAGUGACAUCGCCCUGCAUAGCCACAGAGUUUGAGUGCCGCGACCGCAUGACCUGUGUCCACAAGGCUUGGGUGUGCGACGGUGAUCGCGACUGUCCAGAUGGAGGCGACGAGGACCCUUCUAUCUGUAGAGGGAACUACACUUGCCGGCUCGACCAAUUCCAAUGCAAAGAUCACAGUUGUAUUCCCGGAUCGUUGUAUUGCAAUGGCGAUAAGGAUUGCCCUGAUGGAAGCGAUGAAAUUAAUUGCACAAAACCGAAGCCGAUAUGCGACAAAAAGACCGAGUUUGAUUGCGGUGACGGCAUGUGUAUUCCAAUGUCGAAGCUCUGCGACGGCAAACCAGAUUGUCCCAACUUCGAAGACGAGCCACGUGACAGGUGCGACGAGGACGAGUGUGCCAAGAGCAAUGGCGGAUGUCUACAGAAAUGCGUGAACACACCCGUCGGUUACUACUGCGAUUGUGACAAGGGUUACAAGCUAGUCGAUAAUAGGACUUGUGAGGAUGUUGACGAAUGCAUGGACCCCGGCGCUUGUUCUCAAAUUUGCAUAAACGAGAAGGGUACAUUCAAGUGCGAAUGCCACGCCGGCUACGCAAGGGAUCCCAGAGACAGGACCAGGUGCAAGGCUACUGAGGGACACCCAUCGCUGCUCUUCGCUCGGCGUUUUGACAUCAGGAAAAUCAGUUUGGAUCACCAUGAGAUGGUCGCGAUUGUGAAUGACACUAAGUCGGCUACAGCCCUCGAUUACGUGUUCAGAACUGGCAUGAUAUUUUGGAGCGAUGUCACGGAUGAAAAGAUUUAUAAAGCGCCAAUCGACGAAGGCAGCCAACGCACAGUUGUGAUUGGGGACCAGCUGAUAACGUCAGAUGGUCUAGCCGUUGACUGGAUAUACAACCAUUUGUAUUGGACUGACACCGGGAAGAAUCACAUUGAGCUAUCGGACUUGCAGGGUAACAUGAGGAAGAUACUGAUCAGGGACAGUCUGGAGGAACCCAGGGCAAUUGCUCUCAAUCCGCUUGAUGGAUGGAUGUACUGGACCGACUGGGGCCAAACACCAAAAAUCGAGCGAGCUGGUAUGGACGGAUCUCAUAGGCAAACGAUAGUAUCGUAUGACGUGAAAUGGCCGAAUGGAUUGACACUCGACUUGGUUCGCAAACGAGUUUAUUGGGUUGACGCAAAACUGAAUACAAUAUCAUCUUGCAACUACGACGGCUCCGCCCGUAGAGUUAUCUUAUACUCGACCGAUGUUCUGCGUCACCCGUUCUCCAUCACAACCUUUGAGGACUGGGUUUAUUGGACCGACUGGGACAAGACAGCAGUGUACCGGGCGAACAAGUUCAAUGGAAAGGAUAUUGAAGCUGUUACAUCGACCCACACGCUCCAAAACCCAAUGGUUAUCCAUGUGUACCAUCCGUACCGGCAACCGGAUGGAGUCAACCACUGUGCGGCCGUCAACGGACAUUGCUCUCAUCUGUGCCUCCCCGCGCCCCGGAUAGGACCUAACUCCCCGAAGGUCUCCUGCGCCUGUCCCACAGGACUGCGUCUGCUACCGGACAAUCAAAUGUGUGUUGAAGACAAUGCAAUAAAACCCGAUGUGGAGGUGCAAAAUUCGUCUAGUGGUUUUGAAAAGAUUUUAGAGGAAAAUCCUGUUACCAGUGAGUAUUUAUCAACCCCUUGA